AUGGCUGGAGGGGCGCACACUCACUGCUCCGCAAACGCGUUCUCGAGCCCCUUUGCCGCCGGCUCGUCCCGCUUCUGCUGCUGUUGCUGUUGUUGCGCGUUGAGGCUGACCUCAUUCAUCUUCUGCACGAGGAGCGAGGCGCCCACGGGUCCCGGUCCCGGUCCGUCUUUCGGCAGGUCUGAUGGAGGAGAAAGCGCCCCGGGGGAGCCCAGGCCCAUCGGUGUCGGGAAGGGGAGCAUAGGCGGGGGUUGGAUGUGCGCGGCGUAUUGGCUACGGGUCGUGUUAGCGCGCCAAUUCGAUGGCCUGCAAAACAGAGAAGAAGAAAAAGUGAGGGACCGAGAAGUGAAUGGGCCCACCCCCAGCAGCGUCCAAGGUUUCGAGGUUUCAUGA